AUGUCCUCUCUAUUCCACUUCCCUGUUCGAUCUCUUGCGCCGCGAUCGAUUCCUUCUCUUAUGUGCGCUCAAUGUCGCCGUUCCUUCGCUUCGAGCCCUGCUUUGUACAGCGGUCACAAUCGCUGGUCCAAGAUCAAGCAUGAGAAGGGCGCCGCCGAUGCGAAGAAGGUUGUACAGCGAAGUAUUUUCGCCCACAAGUUGGCACUCUUUUCGAAACUCUUCGGCCCAGACCCAAGUUUAAACUCGCAAUUAGCCAUGGUCAUUGCUGCAGCAAAAAAAGCUGGUAUGCCCAAGGCCAACAUCGAAGUCGCUAUCGCACGGGGCCAGGGUAAAUCCACAUCUGGCGUCGGACUCGAGAAUGUCACAUAUGAGGUCAUGAUGCCGCCAAACGUAGCCCUGAUUAUCAAUGUCGAGACGGAGAACAAGCAGCGCGCCCUGCAGGAGCUUCGAAUCAUACUCAAAAAGUAUAAGGGCACCGCGACGCCUACGUCAUUCUUAUUCACGAAGAAGGGCCGCACAACGCUUAGUCUCAAGAGUGGCACCGAAUUCGACGAGGUUAUGAUGCAAGCGCUCGAUGCGGGCGCCGAGGAUGUUGAACAGGACGAGGAUGAUAACUUGGUCAUUUGGACGCAACCGAACACGACCCACCAGACAGCGCAAAAUCUGAGCAAGGUGCUGUCCGCUGAUAUUAUGAACUCGGAGCUUUUAUGGACGCCGACAGGAGAAAAAGUUCGGCUUGAUAGCCCUGAAGAGACAACGACUUUAGGCAAAUUCAUGGCAGCGCUACAAGAUCACCCGGAUGUAGAAGGAGUUUAUGCGAAUGUCGAACGAGGGGAUGUAACCGAGGAGGUAUGGAGUUUGGUAGAGGAGAACCUCGACACAUAA